CAUAACAUAACACACAAUAUAGAGAGCAAAGAAAUGACUUCAUCACUUAAUAUCAUUGAGGUAGCACGAGUCACUCCUUCGAACUUUGACUCGUCUGAGUCCCUCACUCUCCCACUCACCUUCUUCGACCUUCAAUGGUACAAACUCCACACGGUUAAACGAGUCAUCUUCUAUAGACUCACCGACGCAACUCGCCAUGUCUUCGACUCAGUCAUCGUCCCCAAGCUCAAAACCUCUCUCUCCUCAUCCCUCUCUCACUAUCUCCCACUCGCUGGCAAACUCGUUUGGAACCAACAAGAUCCCAAACCAAGCAUCAUCUACUCUCCAAAUGACGCCGUUUCAUUCACCGUCGCCGAGUCAACCGCUGAUUUCUCUCGUUUAUCCGGCAACUUACCGUUCUUCUCCAUUGAACUAUACCCGUUAGUCCCCGAGUUAAGUGUCUCCGACGACUCGGCCUCCGCCGUGUCGUUUCAAGUCACGUUAUUUCCAAACCAAGGGUUUUGCAUUGGCGUAAACUCACACCAUGGCGUUAUGGAUGGACAAACGGCAACCAUGUUUCUCAAAUCCUGGGCUCACAAAUGUAAAGAAGAAGAAACGGCACACACUUCCCUACCACAGGAUCUAACCCCAUUAUACGAUCGUGCCGUCAUAAAAACUCCAAGGGAUAUGGCUACAGAGGUCUUAAACGCUUGGCACUCAUUAGCCAAAAUGUUCAGCGGCGGUAAAGAACCAGAAAAUCCCAAAAGCUUAAAGCUUGUGCCGUCGGGGGAGGUCGGUACUGACGUGACUCGAUACACUCUCAGUCUCACUCGAGAAGACGUUGAGAAGCUUAGAGAGCGACUCAAGAGAGAAUCAUCUGUUUCCUCAGCAACGAAGGAGCUGCGGUUAUCGACAUUUGUGGUAGUUUUCUCGUACGCAAUGACGGCUUUAAUCAAAGCCAGAGGCGGUGAUCAGGAGAGACCAGUCGGGUACAGAUUUGCGGUGGAUUGUCGAAGCCUCAUGGUUCCACCGGUUCCAUCGACUUAUUUUGGCAAUUGCCUUUCUGCUUGUUUUAAAAUGCCCUUAAAGGCAGAGACGUUUAUGAGUGAAGAAGGGUUUUUGGCUGCUGCGAGUUUAGUUAGUGAUUCGGUUGAGGCAUUGGACGAGAGUGUAGCAUGGACGAAUCCAGAGCUUAUGAUAGCAUUUGCGACUGUUCCACCAGGAGCACAAUUUCUCGGCGUUUCAGGUUCGACCCGGUUGGGAGUAUACGGGUUGGAUUUCGGGUGGGGCAGACCGGAGAAAGUGGUGCUUGUGUCCAUUGACCAAGGCGAAGUGAUUUCCAUGGCGGAGAGCAGAGAUGGAAAUGGUGGUGUGGAGGUUGGCUUCUCUCUCAAGAAACAUGAAAUGGAUCUUCUCAUUGAUUUGCUUCAUGACGACCUAAAAAAUUAAAUCAUUUUUCUUUCUUCACAAGAGAAAACAAAAAAGAGGUAAUAUAAGGCUAAGCUUCUUCGUCUCCAACAACUUCCAAACACACCAAGUCAAUCGAAGUUUACUCUGUUGUAUGCUCUGUUUUAUACUCUGUUGCACCUCAAGUUUACUCAGCUGCUAAGCAUAUAUCUGUUAUGUUGCAUUACUCCGCGAUUCCCUUCUUUCUGCUCUGAUGCACUUUCAGGUUUACCCAGCUGCUUAUAAAUGACUUGUUCUUAUGAGCUUAAAACAUGAUUGGUUGAGCUCUCACUUCUUGGAUCUUCUCAAUAAGACACCAAUGUUCACAACGUCACUUCGUUCUAUGUGACUUCACAUUGAGCUGUCUUGGCUGUUAAUCUGAAUGAGGAAUCACUGCAUCUGUGUAUGAACUUGUGGUUGUAUAAGACUUGCUCACUACUUUUUGAUCA